AUGGGCCAAACGAUCGGUCAGCGUGGAUUAAUUCUAGGAUUUUGGAAUUCGCACGUCAGUUUGGGUAAUAUUCUGGGUGGUGUAGUUGCUGGAAUAUUCGUUGACUACGCCUGGGGAUGGUCAUUCUUCGUUCCUGGGGCUAUCGUUGCUCUCAGCGGCAUCCUAUCCUAUUUCUUCCUUGUUCCUUUUCCUGAGGAUCUUGGGUUUCCACCUACUGACACGCCCCCUAAGGACGACGACCAUGACGACGAGUCUUCCAACGAGGAAGAGCAAAAUCAAAAUCGACAACCUGACGACAUUGAACCCUCAGCUGUGGCCGUUGUUCCACAAACAAACUCAAGGGAGAAUGUUCGACCUAUAACAUUUUUCGGUGCCUUAAUUGUUCCGGGAGUUAUUGAAUACUCGCUGUGCCUUUUCUUCCUCAAAGCAACUGCCUAUAUUUUCCUAUUCUGGCUUCCCAAGUACCUAAAAGAUAGCAACAGUUUUGAUGCAACUCUGGCAGCUGAUAUUUCAGCCAUCUUCGAUGUCGGUGGAAUUUUAGGCGGUAUUUUUGCUGGGUUUAUCACUGAUCGAUACUCGUGCUCCGCCACCGUCUGUGUUUGCAUGAUUAUACCCGGCAUGCCCCUUGUAAUCAUGUUGUUAAUUCUUGGUUUCCUCAUCGUUGGUCCCUACUGCCUGAUCACCACGGCUGUUUCCGCUGACCUUGGAACCCACGAAUCGCUCCACGGGAAUGCCCGUGCACUCGCUACCGUUGUCUCAAUCAUUGAUGGAACUGGAUCAUUAGGGGCGGCGGUAGGCCCAUGUCUAGUUGGUUUACUUAUUGAUCACGGAUGGGUUUAUGUAUUCUUAAUGCUCAUUAUCUUUCUUGGAGUAGCCACGCUGUGCUUAAUGUCAAGGUCUAUCAAGGAACUACACCCAUUAUGUGGGAGAUCUUCACGCCACUACACUCUUUUGGCAUAA